AUGAAAGUAUGCAAUUCAUCGACGAGCAUACCUAAACCAUCCUCUACUCCAUUGCCUAUUCAUUGCUCUCAUACCAAAUUCUCAAAAAAGUCAACCUCCCCUUCAAAUGUCAACGAUUGUCAUUUGAUAAUUAAACAACCACGACAAGUAUUUUAUACACUCAUUGAAAAAGAAAAGUCAACAUUGAAUACAGAGAAAAAAAACCAACUUUUUCAACCAAUGACCUCUAAAAAACACUCAACUAGCUCACCAUAUUUUUGUAAAUUAUUCGCUUCACUUCCUUCAUCAAGAAGAACAAUCAACUCAACAUCUACUAUUCACCAAUUUAAUUCUACUCAUAAACAACAACAUGAAAUAUCAUCAAUUGGUAAAUUAACAUCAAAUCAAUUAUUAGAAAGGAUGAAGAAAGCAUUUGAAUUGGACGAAUUGAAUCGUUCGCGUAUUUCAAAUGCUUUUCAAAAUGUUCCUCAUCCAAUUCCUGUAACUCUAUCAAACUCAACAAUAUCUAAAUUGGAACGUGAAAAUGUUGUGUAUUCCAUUUAUAGUCAUCCUUCAAGUGUGGUCAAUUAUAAUUUUGAAUUACAAAAUCCAUUACCAGAGCAUGUAAAGGAGUUUUUCAAUGGUUCUGAGAGAAGAAUUGGAUAUUGUUGUCAUGUCUGCUCAAUGCAUGCCAAGUCAAUAAUCUAUUCGAAUCAUGAGAAGUUUCAAAUAUAUCAUGGAGUGGAAAUUGGAAAGGAAGAAUUGAAGAAAAUUGUUCAAAUGUAUGGAAAUACUUAUUCUGGAUUGUUGGGUGGAAGAAUAUGUGAUAGACAUUAUCAACAAAUUUGUCUUUUCAAUAAUUCUAUUCUAUCCAAUGUUUCACUUUCGAAUAAUGCGUCCAAUACUCAACAUUCUAGUGAUUCGUCUAUUGAAGUUCCAAGAUCAAGACCUAUUCGAACAGUGUCCUCUGUUUAUGCCACCAAAAGAUUUGCUUCUCAAUUAGAAAAUAUAAAACAUUCUCCAGGAAAGAAGACGAAAUAUGCCACUGACGUUCUGUCAAGUGACGAAUAUGCCUUGACAACAAGUAGUGAGUCAGAAGAAUCUGAAAAUGAAGAAGAAUUUCCAAUUAAAAGAAGAACUUCAACCCGAAGACAACAAAGACAGGAUUUAACAUCAACUUUUAAAUUGUUAAUUCAAGAAGAAAGGCAAGACGAAAGUGGCCAAGCAAUGGAAGAAACUGCUGAGAGAAGUGACUCAAAUUAUCAAUCAAUGCCUUCUCACGUUUCAAAUUUGAAGCAGACAACUCUCCAAUCAGAAGUUUCGAAUAACACGAGCAUUCCUUUCAGAAAGAGAAGAUUUUUCAAAAGGAAUUCCAAUUCAAUUGCCUCCUCAAAAAUUUACAGAAGUUUUGAUGUUGAAAAUGUUUCGAUAUUUGUAGUUCCUCAAUGUAAUGAAACAAAUAUUGAGGAAAAUACCUUAAAUACCAGUCAGGUGAUUAACGAUAUUGAUUCGAAUGGAUCAUCCAAUUCGAAUAGAAGUAUCUCUAAUUCUAAUGAUAUUGAUUCGAAUUGUAAUUCUACCUUGCCAAUGAUUCAAUGUGCUUCUCCUGAGGAACAGAAACGAUUGUAUUUUAUGGACUUUAUUGAAUAUGAUGAAGAACAAGAGCAACAAUCGAAUAAUCUGGUAGACGAAACCAUGAAAGAAACUGAUGACCUUUCUACCAAUAAGAUUGAACCAAAUGAAAGUUCAGCAUCUUCAUUAAUUGGAGAAACACAGAAUUUGAACUAUCUUGUAAAACUGAUGGAACAAUUAGUCAAUCACGAUGACGAAGAAGAUUAUACACAAGAAAAUCAACGAAACAAUGGAAGAAGAAUCAUUAAACGAAAGUAAACUGUUUUAUUCAUAUCU